AUGCCGACAACUUCUAGUGGAUUGGAAGAACCAAUCAACUUUUUCCAGUGUCCUCGACAUGAUGAAGAAACUACAGUAACUCGGACGUGGAACUCCGAUGCAAACAAUUCGCUUCGACGCAGAUUUGCAAUAGGAGACGUGGUGCUUGUGCUGGAGCUUAACAACGCGUUCCUGCCACUAAGUGUCAAGACAGCAGCACCUGAUGCUGCAAAUCAUUGGGGUGUUGUCGUGUCGGUUGAGGAGAUGGAUCCACGUGAAUGUGGCAAUCAGUUAUUGAAAGUCCGGAUGUUUGCAGACGAGAAUGUACUUGCUGUGCCGAAUCAGUAUGCCAUGCGCAUCACUGCAGCAUCCGAUUUCUCUCGACCUGUGGAUCUUAUUCGUCACUGUGUGCAACGUCACGCAAUGGUGGAGCUUCAGCUGCGACAGAUGGAAGGGAAAAUUGAUGACGCUGAAGCGAAGCGUAUCUUACUUGUCAGUAAUACAGCUUUUACUGCACGUUUAAAAAAGUUGGGAGUGACAGCAGCGCAGGCUAUGAGUGAUGCAGAGGAAGGACUUGCUCGUUGGCGGCAAUUUCACGAUUUGGCGGAGCCACGUCAGUAUGAUGGCCUUGGAGAGGCGGCGCCCAUUUACCUUUAUAUUGACACUCGUGGAUCUCGCCCUGGACAGCAAAAUUCAGGCAGCACGAACACUGCCAAUGUUGUGGCAGACGCGGUCAAAGACGUGGAGGGAGAUGUGUCAAUGACGGAUACUGACACGAAUAAUGGUGGAGCUGCCAUCCACGGCUCGACUUUUGGAUCGCCGCAUUUGAAACGACCGGAAAGUGCUGGAAAAAGCCCUCACGAAGCGGAGAUUGAGCAAUCUGCGAAGACUGAGGCGAUACUUGUUGACACGCGUCUGAUUUGCUGUUCUCGAUUAAAACAGUCGCAAGCCAGCACUGAAAAUACUAUGUUGACCGACACCCAAGAUACCCAGCCAGAAAACGAUAGCCUGUCGUGGUCACGAGGAAGUUUCGAUGUCGCUCGGUCUCAAAGCAUCUCGAGUACCCCAGCGUGCAUGAAUACCCCUAGCAGUGAUGUUGUUGGUUCUGACGCGAAUAGGAAUCAACUGACGUCGGACGUCACCAAAUUUGCCGACACUGAUAGCGCGAAGCGCCAAAAACUUAGCACUGAGUCGCGAGUACACUUCAAUACGGCGGUAUGUACGCCUACCAAAACCAUCCACAAGUUUUUUCCUGGAUCAACUUUGAGCAGCGCAUCGGCUCCCGCCACUCUGCACAUAUCACCAAUGGCAUCAAGUGCGCGUACGCUAUUUUCUCAAAAACGAAAAGAGUUGACCCGGAAACAGAAAUUGCUGGCGGAAAUGCCGCCACUUGUGAUGAAAGAGCUAGAGCGUGAGGCGUUGCGAUAUUUGGAGGAAGCUGAUGAAUUGAAGCUAAAGCUAGCACGGAUCCCAGCUGACGUUGAUGCAUUCCCUUGGGCUGCUCGAGCGACAAGGUUCCGUCCAGCUUUCUAUAGACCUACCGUGAUGCUAGGCCACGGCGGUUUGCGUCGACCCGGAUUAGAUGCCGUUAGCCGUUUGCUGGUAAGCCAGGACAAGCGCAGCAUCAAGUGUUUUGUCCAGACCCUUGAGACUAAUGCGGAAGUGUCCAGAUGCACUCAUCUGCGCAAGACAACAACGGCUGCUUCACCAGGUUUCAUGCUGUUGGAUCUGCUCAGCUUGCGCAGCUUUCGUGAUCUGGAGUCCGUGGUGCGUAGACGAGUGGUAGAGGCUUUGGGGAAGCGCUCGCGCUACAUGCGUGAGUAUUUCGGCAUGGAUGCACACCAAGUACGACGUUGGCUGGAGCAGCAGCGUUGCAAGAAGACAUGCGACCAACCACCUAUUACACUGUCGUAUUGCGCCGCAGACGGCGUUCGACGCCACCUCUACUUGCACGAGGUUUCGCCCAAGCCAUCUCCUAAGGACAUGCAGGCAUGGCUCUGCUUCUGCGCGAACGUCUGCCAUGUUUCUGUGGCGAUCAUGAUCCAAAGCGUUGCACGUUCGACGUUGACGCCGAUCACGACUGCUCUUCAACCGGUUUCAGCUACGCAGUAA